GAGUAAAAAUUAAAGACCAUACGACAAUCCACACGAUCCAACCACGUACUGUAUGCACGUUUGCUAGUUUACGAUGCAUUCCAGGAACGCUGUCAGGGCCGCCGCGCGCCAGCGACGUCCUACGUGGUUCCCGGUAAUCCCUCUCAAUACUUCCACCGCUCAACUUGCUCUCCGCGAGUUCCUGCGAGCACCUCCUGUCUACAGCAGGCAUGUCCACGCGACUUCAUCUCAGUCAACUAGCGUCCGCACUUCUUUUUAUUCCAGUACCCAAAACAAGUAUGAUGUUUGUGUCAUCGGAGGUGGUCAUGCGGGGUGUGAGGCGGCCACCGGAGCUGCGAGGGCAGGGGCGAGAUCGCUUCUGUUAACUCAAAAGAUAGACACCAUAGGAGAGCUCUCGUGUAACCCCUCCGUCGGAGGAGUGGGUAAGGGAACGCUCGUGAGAGAAGUGGACGCCUUGGACGGGGUUAUUGGCAGGGUAGCAGACAAGGCUGGCAUACAUUUCCGGAUGCUGAACAGUUCGAAAGGCUCCGCCGUAUGGGGGCCCAGGGCUCAAGUAGACCGUGAAUUAUAUAGGGAGCACAUGCAAGACAUCAUACUCAACUAUCCAAACUUGGAUGUGCGCUCAGCGAGCGUUUUCGACCUUGAAUUCGAUCACUCCACGUCGUCGACCUCCGGAAGUACACCUGCCUGGGGUGCUGUCGCCGGCGUCCGCUUAGAUUCCGGCGAGAUCAUACAUUGCUCUCAGGUAGUCAUUUGCACUGGCACUUUCCUCUCGGGCGAAAUACACAUUGGAAUGAAACGUUUUCCUGCUGGGCGAAUGCAUGAAGCACCUGCAAUUGGGCUGUCUCGUGCUCUCCGAACAGCUGGAUUCCAGCUAGGACGGUUACAAACAGGAACUCCUGCACGCCUUGAUAAAAACUCCAUAGACUUUUUUAGGCUGGAAAGACAGGAGGGGGAUCAGACUCCACAUCCAUUUUCGUUUCUCCACAGGAAGGUGGAGCACGCCGGCGAGCAAGUUGUCUGUUUCAAAACGCACACUACGCCUGAGACACAUAAAUUGGUCAGCGACAGUAUACCCCUGAGCAUUCAUAUUCAGGAGACCAAGAAAGGACCCCGGUACUGUCCCUCACUUGAGGCCAAGGUCACUCGAUUCGGUCACAAGGGCAGCCACACUGUAUGGCUCGAACCCGAAGGGUAUACUUCUGACCUUAUUUAUCCAAACGGCCUUUCGUGUUCAAUGCCAGAAGAGCUUCAGGAGCCGAUGAUGCGCACUGUGCCCGGCCUAGAGAAUGCUCGUAUGGUCCGACCAGCUUAUGGUGUAGAAUAUGACUACGUAGAUCCUCGAGAACUUAAGGCAUCACUUGAGACAAAAAGAAUAAAGGGCCUGUUCCUCGCUGGUCAAAUCAAUGGCACGACUGGAUACGAGGAAGCGGCAGCACAGGGUUGCAUUGCCGGGAUAAAUGCCGGACUUGCUGCGCGUGGUCAACUUCCACUGAUAAUCACUCGUGCGGAUGGAUACAUUGGCGUGAUGAUAGAUGAUUUGAUUACAAAGGGGGCUGAAGAACCAUACCGAAUGUUCACUUCUCGUUCAGAGUACCGUAUGACGGUAAGGUGCGAUAACGCAGACCUGCGACUGACCGAGAAAGGUUAUGAAGCCGGUGUUGUCUCGCGCGAACGGUGGGAAGCCUUCUUGCGCGACCGCAACGCGAUACAGAACGGGAUACAAGUUCUUCAGUCCGUGGUUUUGAGUCCGACGAUUUGGGAGAAGUUCGGUUUCAACGUAACCAAGGAUGGUAUUUCGAGGAGCGCUUACGAGCUUCUCCGAAAGCCUUCCAUUACUCUUGACGCUUUAGCACAAUCAGACGCUGUCCCAGAAAUGGAUCAGUUGGAGCCGCACAUCAAGGCUCGCAUCGUCAUUGAUGCGACUUAUGCGCCGCAUAUACCUCGUCAGCUGGCUGACCUCCAGGCCUUCCACACGGACGAGUCUCUUCUACUGGAUCCAAAUAUGGACUAUUCCCAGGUAAGCGGGUUAAGCGAGGAGGUGCGGGAGCGGCUCCAGUGCGUCCGGCCUGCAACAUUGGGAGCCGCAAAACGAAUGGAAGGCAUGACACCCGCUGGCGCUGUCAAUCUACUCAAACAUGCGCGUCGGACGUGGGGAGCCACUCAGCGAGCGGCACAGUUAUCACGAGAGGCGGAAGUGGUACAUUCUGCUGCAGUUGCAGCUCGUGCAUGAUCCUUCGCCGCUCCUAAUGAUCGUUCUGAUCGGGUCAAUAUAAAGUCUCAAGAGCUUGAAAUACUUUGGUUUCCCUUUGGUAUGCAUAUAUGCGUCGUUUUUGAGGUGAAGUUACCUUGUGUGGGCCGAAGCCACUGAGUGGAGUAGGUGUGUCCGUCACUAUUGUGUAGCUGGAUCUAGGAGGAAGCGUUUGAGAUGAGAUGUGAACGCACGCGUCGCGACGCGCCAGAGUCACGUGCAUAAUAUCAGUGCUGUAAACCUGACUGC